AUGAGGAAAUCAUCUCGUCAAGUAGUAUUUAUAAAUACUUCACCCCCUGAAGAUGGAGUUAAAUUACUAAAACCAUUGCAAGAAAUUAAUGAUAUGGAAGAUGGUUCUGAUAAGGUUUAUGCGCCUGGUUUAGUUGUCCGUUGCACAAAACGACUAGCCAAAUUUGAAAACCUAUCUCUUGCUGAUUGGACUGCAUGGUAUGAUUCUACCGGAAAGCGAUAUGUCAAACCAUCUC